CCCAUCCCUAUCCCCCCUACACUCAACCAGCUCAGCUCAUCUCUCUCAUCUUAUCUCCAUGUCCCUUGCCAUCCUUCCUCCUGAGCUUCUCCUCCUCAUCAUCCCCAGCCUCAGGCAAUGCGACAUCAACGCCCUAGUCCGCACCUGUCGCCAAUUCCACGCCAUCCUAAACCCGCACCUCUACCGCCAGCUCCUCCUCCCCGGCAGCAAGAGCAACCGCCGCGCACACGCCGCGAAAUGCCGACAGCCAGAAGAAUAUGAUUUUCUCAGAACAUUGCGCAGAAGAUGGCUAGAGAGAGAAUCUAAAGAGGGCCAUGGCCACAUCGCCCUCGUUUAUGCUGCGCAAACCAACCAACCCAAAUCCAUUGACCAUGUCAUCGCCGCUGCCAGUCGUUUCAACCUCUCACUCGAUCUAGAUGGAAGAGAUCCGCAAUUCGGGCUCACGGCCCUAGAUUGGGCUGCUGUUUUUGGCCAUGUUCACAUUGCUGAGACUCUAUUGGGGCUCGGCGCAACUGUUCGCGGCCGGGAUCAAUCCUCGAGUCUGGCACUUGCCGUGGAAAAUGGCCAUGUCGCGAUGGUCGAGCUGCUGCUCCGCCAUGGGGCGCCUCCGGGCUCAACAAAUAAACUUCUAGGCGAGACGGUCCCGUUGAUGCGCGCCGCACGGCCUUCUCAAUGCUGGCAGGCGGUCCCGCUCAAGCUGAACGGGAAAUUAGAUGCGAGCCAAUGGCCAUGCGAAAACAGUCAGUCCAGUCAGGCUGGCCCGCCUCAGCCACAGGGGUCGGAGAAAAGGCUGCGCCGGCGCAAAAAGAUGAAGGGCAAGCGUCUUAUCGCGGUUCGAUUCGGCGGCCCUAAAGGAUUGCGGGACCCCGCUGACGGCCCGGAUGUACCGCCCGGUCUGCCAUGGUGCGCGGGCUCGGCGUAUGAAACAAUCCUCGACCUUCUGCUUCAAUACGGGGCGGACCUAGAGGAUCAAGGCUCACUGAACAAGACGGCGCUAGCGCAAGCGGCCGAGAAUGGGUUUACUCCCAUUGUGAAGGCGCUUCUGGAUCGCGGGGCAUCCCCACAUCCGGUCUACGACGUCCGGAGACCGCAGCGGCCGCGCAUGCUGCGACGGUGGUCGCUCUGCUGUGCUGUGCAAGGCGGACAUCUGGACGUCGUCCAGCUGCUGCUGGAGCGGGGAGCGGACCGGGACCUCGGCGAUCUCGAUUGCAUCGAGUCCGGACUUUCCCCGCUGUCAUGCGCUGCGGAUCGAGAUAGGGAGGCCAUUCUGAGGGCGCUGCUCGCCGCGCUCGAUAAGAAGUCGGAGCUGCCACGCCCAACAGGGAACUGGAUGCCUCUAGUAUGGGCAGCAUCGGACGCUCACGCCUCCGUGGUCAAGCUUCUCCUGGAUGCGGAGGCGAGGUAUUGGCCCAAUGCCCGCCUAUCGCAUGCGACUGCCCUCUGGAAUGCGACUCUGGACGGAAGAGAGGAGGUGGUUGCCCUCUUACUCGACGCGGGCGUGGAUUUCCAAGAGGUACACCGGCGAGCACCAGACGACCCACAAGGCACGCUCUCCUGCCUUCAUGCGGCGGUGAUGUCGAAGCAUUACGGGACCGUUGCGCGCAUGCUGGCUUGGCCGGGGCUGGACGUCAACCAGCGCAAUCAGCACGGGUUGACGGCCUUGACGGUCGCGGCGCGCCAGAAGGACGAGGCACUGGUCCAGCUGCUGCUGGAGCACGGGGCCGAUCCUGCGUUUCAGCAUGUCUCGGGGCCCGUUCCACGCCGACGUGCUCGACCGAUCUUGACCGGCAUUGAGUCUUCCUUUUCCGUUCCUGUUGCCUGCGCUUUCCGGCCUCUUAACCACCAGCCUUGAGUGGCUUUAGGAGACGAUGAGGCUGAUGUAACGUCCUUGGCGAUGGAUGUAUCACGGAUUGGAGCUGGUUGUCUAGACUACUGGUUCGACUUUGGGUAGUAUGUCUGAUCACCUUGUCCUUGGUUGACAGGGCCUAGGAUGGACCUUUUCGGGAUGUUUCGGGAUUUAUGAAAAUAUGUAAAGCGUACACAAUCCGCACGCUAAUGCUGGAGUCUUGCCCGUUUACCGCGCCGUCACUGGCUGGACACUCCAUG